AGCAACAGUUAAAAAGAGCAGGGCAUUUCCCUUCGAAUCUACCUCGAGUAAAAUGUACUAACGCAUAACAUGCGUCUGGCGUUUUAAAACCUUGUUUCUAUUUGAUUAUUUGACCCCACUUUCAACUCAUAUCUUUUAUAAAUGUACAUGUAUACUCACCAUUGCAAGGCUCCAAGUUCUAUCUCCUAUCUCAAACCUCAUACCAAACCCUACCCACCUCCCAUUUCCACCAAACCAAAAUAUGAACGGGCAUUCAUAUUCCAAGAUCAAAGGUACUGAUGUUGUCAAUCAAAGUUCCAGAUCCAUGGAGUCUUCAGAUCUUAUUGUACCAUUCCCUCAAACCUCCAAAUCCAUUUCUAAUCCUACCCCGGAAGAGAGCAUCAAGAACUCAAACCCCAACACCCAAUGUCCAUCGGUGCAAGAUGAUGAUGAUGAUGAUGAAGCCCAAGGUACCAAUGGAGAGAUGCCUGUUCCCACUCUGAGAAGACACAGCUCGGUUUCUGCCGCUUAUGCACUCCAGCUCCAGGCUGCGGUCAAAAGAGCGUUUUCAAUGCGAAGAUCUUCUUCAGUUUCUGAAAGUUACUGUAGGAUCCAUGACCAGUAUGUGACUUUAGCACCACCCUUGGAUGAUGAUGAUGAAUCGGACAUAACUGGGACUAGAAGAUCCGUGAAGAAGAAGAAGAAGAACAACUACAAGAACAGAAGAGACAAGAUCCUUAAAGCAUGGAAGAAGAUUUUUGGACUGUAGUGUCUUUUUACUUGCUACAAAAAUUUUAUACAUCCUUUGAAUUUCUAUUUUUUUGUUGAACUGCUUUAAUUGUUGCAUUUUCCUUUAUGUUUUAAUUAGUAUUAUUACUUUCAUUUUAUAAUAAGAA